AUGGACAACAAAAACGAGCCGACGGUUCAGCAUGAUGACAAGCUGAGGGCCGAACAGCUUGAAGAUGCGAACAUUGCCGCGACGACUGCGCUGCCGACGACCCUGCUCCCCCACGGUUUGGUCUUCUUGCCCGAGUCUCUUGGUUGGCUUCUCAUCAACAGUCUUCGUGAGGAAGCUUUCAAAUCGUACAAGAGAUUCAACGGCCCAAACUUUGAUGCGGAUGCUGCGCGCACAGCAAUUGUCUUCAUGGUCUAUCUCUCCCAGCAUGCCAUUGAUGUAAAUUUUGUCUACGGCUACUUUACGCACGGCAGUGUCUUGGCAAGUCUAACGUACUAUGUACAACUGCGACGAAAACCCCUUACAGCAUCAACAUCAUGUGCCGACCGCGCCAUCCUGUUUGAUAUCGCAGGUGAUGCCCUUCCUGCUGAACACGGACCGAGCCAACUAGGGCGGCAAGAUUUGCUUCAUUUUCUUCGGCCUCUCGUUGCAUGUGACAUGUGCGUGUGGCUUUACUUCUACUUCUCCGAGAUGAAGGGUCGCAACUACGCCGAGUUCCAAGAAAAGAUGGGCAAUCGCGUGCCGGCCCGCAAGUUCAAGUCUUAUGUUUGUGAGGUAAGCACCGGGGGUGGAAGGGGGGGCAGGCUUGAGAAGAAGAAACUGCAGAACGAGGGAUAA